AUGUCACAACGAAGCAGACUCGAAAAUGUGCCGAUUUUCGCGCCUUUCCCUCAAACCAAUAUUUGUAUUCCAAAUGACAAUCUUGUCAACCAAAUUAUUGCGUCCAUUGAUCCUACAAUACUUUUAAAGAUCAGGCAAUACACUUAUCUAGAAAUUAAAGAUUUGAUCGCACCUAAACCAAAAAAGAACCGUAGCAGACAAAAAAUUCCACGUCCACAAAACCCUUUCGUGAUAUUUCGUAGGAACGAACAAGCGAAAAUGUUAUCCGGCUUGGAUCCAAAAAUGAAAGAAUCGAUGCUUGCCUUUGUAUCAAAAGCCGCUGGAAAAGAUUGGAAGAUUGCUAACGCUGAAGUGAAGAAUGUAUUUAACUAUUUGGCUCAAUUGGCCAAAAAAGUUCAUGAAGAAACUUAUCCUGAUUAUGUUUAUCAACCAAGAAAGAAAUUUGAUAGAUCCAGUUUUCAAAACUCUACAGUACGCAAUGGCUAUUUGAUUAAUUCUCCCAUUCCAGAGUUCCAAUCCCCUCCAGGUUAUUUAGUUUUUUGGCCUGAAGGUCAACAUUCAAGUCAUGCAAAUAAUUAUCACUCUACUUCAACUUCCUUGGAUGAAAACCGGGAUGUCUGGUCCGAUUCUUCUAUAUUUCCCUGCUCUCAUUUAUCAUCAAAACACCUACCUUCUAUUUGGUCAUUGGUCGAUUCGGCCACUCCUAACGCACAAAAAUCUACAAUUUUACCGUGUUCAUCAACUUUUGCACAUUCUACUUCAUCUUCAACAUUAUCUAAUAAUCAGUCAGAAAUGAGAUCGUCCCUUUUUAAACCUUUAUCAAUUUACAGUGGAUCACCCACUCUUGACCCAUCAGGUUCAAACCGUACUUUGCCACCACUUGAA